AGUGCCGCUGUUCAGCCUCUAUUUGGCCAGCCGUGUAACAAUUUUGGCCGCUGUUGGCGUAUGUUAGGUGCAACGGCACUGUUCACGCUUGGGUCAGGAAUUUGCGGCGGAGCUGUCAACAGCAGCAUGCUCAUAGCGGGUCGUGGGAUUCAAUGCGCAGGUUCCGGCGGCAUGGUCAUGAUCUCA